AUGGGUCAAACCCUUUCGGAGCCGGUUGUCGAAAAGGCAUCGGCUCGCGGCGAAGAUGAACGGUUUCUCUACGGAGUGUCGGCCAUGCAGGGCUGGCGAAUCAGCAUGGAAGAUGCGCACACGACGGUGCUCGACCUGCUUGCCAAUGAUGCCGAGGCCGCAAAACAGCACAAGGGCAAACUCGCCUUUUUCGGAGUAUUUGACGGCCACGGAGGCGACAAAGUAGCUCUUUUCUCUGGCGAUAAUAUACACAAGAUUGUCCAGAACCAGGACACGUUCAAGUCCGGGAACUACGAGCAGGCCCUCAAGGACGGAUUUCUCGCCACCGACCGUGCAAUCCUCAACGACCCGAAGUAUGAAGACGAAGUGUCAGGUUGCACAGCUUGCGUUGGCCUGUUGACCGAUGACAAGAUUUACAUUGCCAACGCCGGUGACUCGAGGAGUGUCUUGGGCGUUAAGGGACGUGCGAAGCCCCUAUCAUUCGAUCACAAGCCACAAAACGAGGGCGAGAAAGCAAGAAUCACCGCCGCCGGCGGUUUUGUUGACUUUGGGCGAGUGAACGGAAACCUGGCUCUGUCGCGUGCUAUUGGCGAUUUCGAAUUCAAGAAGAGCGCCGAACUUGCGCCUGAGCAGCAAAUAGUGACUGCUUAUCCCGAUGUUGUGGUCCACGACAUGGGCGAUGACGAUGAGUUCUUGGUCAUUGCAUGUGAUGGUAUCUGGGAUUGCCAAUCCUCACAAGCAGUCGUUGAGUUUGUCAGGCGAGGAAUUGCAGCCAAGCAAGCUCUGGAGAAGAUUUGCGAAAACAUGAUGGACAACUGCCUGGCCUCCAACUCGGAAACUGGCGGCGUUGGCUGCGACAAUAUGACAAUGAUAAUCAUUGGUUUCCUGCGAGGCCGUACCAAGGAGGAGUGGUACGAGGAGAUCGCAAGGAGGGUUGCGAACGGCGACGGCCCCUGCGCUCCCCCAGAAUAUGCCGAGUUUCGAGGGCCUGGUGUCCACCACAACUUUGACGACAGCGACAGCGGUUACGAUGUCGACAUGGACCAGAGCAAGGGCAAGACGUUUGGAAUUGGCGGGUACAAAGGACGCGUCAUAUUCCUCGGCGAUGGCACUGAAGUCCUCACCGAUGCGGACGAUAAUGCCAUGUUUGAGUCGGAAAAGCAGGACCUUGACAGCCAGGUUGCCAAGACGGGCUCGUCCGAAGAGGACGGAAAGACGGAGGACCAGACAAAUAAAAAGGAGGGCACAACAGACGGCAAGGCUGACGACGGGACCAAGGAGGCUAGCGAUGAGACCGAGGCCAAGGCGGAUGCUAAGGCGGAGAAGAUUGACGCUGCUGUGAAAAAGGACGAGGAUGUCAAGGUCUGA